AAAUUUUAACAAUUCUGUGGAAUAUAUUCUCUUAAUUUUGAUGUAUAUAAUCUCGAUUUUCAUAAAUAUUAGUACCUCUAUAAAUAUGUUUGAUAAAAUGUUAAGAGACUUACAUUUAUCACCAAUAAGUAAUAUUAAUUAUUUGUAUUUUAAUGAAAUAUUUAAAAAAUUCAAGAAAAUACUUAUACAUACAAAGACUCAAUGAUUUCAUUGUUCCAAGUUGCGCAUUGUUACAAUUAUCUAAUUAAAUAUCUAUGAAGUAUUUUCGACAUAGAUUAUUUGCUAAAAAGAAAAAAUAAACUUUAGCACGUACAAAGUGCGAAAUUAAUUUAUUAUAGGAUUCUUACAUUGAAAUAAUCGAUUUGUCCCGGCUUAAUUUAGGGAUGGUAACAUUUAUUCUACGCGAAAUUCUACAGUGGAGGAAUCCGUUUUCUGAAAAUUUAAGAAUCUAACAUUUGCGACGUGGGUUGCCAUAAAUAAUCUCGUUAUAAAUUCAAUUCUAUCGAACCAAGUAUCAUUACACUGACGAUGAUCCCUUAUACCUGGUGCUCAAUGACAUUUGUGCUGCGUGAUAUCGGCAAGAAGGUCAAGUUUUUGUGCGAUAGUUCAUUCGGAGUGUUGUAAAGAAAACAGCGAUGUGUGCCUUUGUGCUUUUCGCUUGGAGGUAGAUUAUGUAAAAGACGAACUGUCCAACGGAUUUCAAUACGGAUUAUAAGGAUUACUUUCGCAAGUGACGCCCUCUGGAUAAGCGUAUAUGGCCGGUGUGCGAUUGGAAUGGCAGAAAAGUUGCGCGAGGCAGCUGCUCAUGGUGACGUUGAUCGAGUUGCACGCUUGCUCAACGAAAACGUUAAACCGUUGCCUGACGAAAAUGGCCGGGGGCCUCUAUUGCUGGCCGCGGCAGGUGGUCAUGUGGAAGUGUGCGAGAUCCUGUUGCUGCAGGGCGUCGACGUUAGCGCCGCUGACGAUCAUGGAAACUCGGCACUGCACGAGGCAUCAUGGCGUGGUUAUAGUCGGACCGUGGCGGUUCUGGCGAAGGCCCUCGGGACCCAACGGGCCCCACUGCACGCCAGGAAUCUCGCCGGAUUUGCACCGCUUCACCUUGCCUGUCAAAACGGCCAUAAUCAAAGCUGUCGAGAACUCCUCCUAGCCGGCAGCAAUCCCGAUCUUCAGAACAACUAUGGUGAUACUCCGCUUCAUACCUCGGCACGUUAUGGCCACGCCGGCGUAAUGCGUAUACUAAUCUCAGCUCUGUGCAAGGUGUCUGAUCAAAAUAAAAAUGGUGACACUGCUUUGCACAUAGCCGCAGCGAUGGGUCGUCGGAAAUUGACGCGCAUUCUCCUGGAAGCUGGUUGUGAUCGAAGUCUACGGAAUAAACAAGGCGAAACGGCAAAGGAUAUUGCCCGCCGUAAGACUCAUACCGAAAUCUUGGAAAUUAUUUCCAAGGCACGCGGCAAAAGCCGGACACGCAGCAAAAGCCGCGAGGGUGACUCGAUAGAUGGCAAAAUAGACGACGGUAAGGCAAUGAAGUCGGACAAAAAGCGAGAAAAGACCGGAAGUGGUACUAGCGGUGGCGGCGGGAGCAGCUCGAAGAAAGACCGAAAGAAGUACAAAUCCAACGUAAAGCAGCACAAAGUCCGCUUUGAAAAAGCUAUCAUGGGUCGGCAAUGGUCGCCCUAUGGCUGCCACUACUAUCCGGACCCGGAAGCGUUCCCUCAACCCCGUCUAGAUUCUCUACCCUCUGACCCUUUAGGGCGGGGUGAACAGUACUACCUGGACCUGGCGGGCAAUAUCAGAAAGGGCCCGGUGGGCGUGGGAUACACCUGUUAUUGCGCGCCAUUUUUCCGACAUAUGGAGGCGAAGCUGGAACGGGACAAGGCCGAGUUGAAAGCACACAUCGAUCAAGCUCACGAGAAGCUGGAUAUGAAAGUGGCCAAUCUGGAGAGGAGGACCAGGGGACAAAUCUCGGAGCUGACUAGGUGCGUUCAGGAGGAGCGCUCCAGGUGCGACGAGAGGUAUUCGCAUCUUCAGCAACGUCUACAACGAGGUGGGCGGGGUAGAUAUAGCGAGAGGCCAGCGAAAACCAAUUACAGUCAGGAAGUGAUACUACCAACGAGAACAAGGUCUCUGGAGGAUCUGUUGGAUGACCGACCGCAGGAUCGCAGCUUCGAGAUUCCCGGAGAAACACCAGUUCAUCGUGGAAGUUUAGAUGAUCUCGAUAUACCGGCUAUACCUAGACUUAGCACGUCCAUGAGAGACUUACCUUCGGGAUCCGGAGUAGCUAAAUCAGCGCUCAGAGUGCUGGACAUCCCUCCGAAAUUGAACGAGACGUUCGAUGGAGUCAUUAGACAGGGUGGAGCCUCGUCCUUAGACAUAGCGCCGACAGACUCCGUUCCUGUGAAGGGGAGACGUCAGCAGAGAAGUUGCGUGUCGUAUGACAUGCACAGCAUGAACAUGUCCGUGGAUGAAAAUAAGAUCCAGAAGAUUAGCGACGGGAGUAUGACGGAGUGGAACGGUCGCCGCAGCGUCCAUGAGAUGAUCAAGCGGUUUCAGCAAGUACCUGAUAUGCAUAAUGGUUGGCGAAGAAUUUGCUCCGGAGGCAGUGAACAGGCCAGUCUAGAUGAACAUACCAAGUGCUCGCAAAAUCAGAGGGUACAUUCUCAAGAUAACGAGAGCGAGAGCAGCGAAGGCGAAGAUGACGUUGAACAAUCGAAAGCAUACAAAGAGAUGAACUGUAGAAAGGUCAUCUCCAAAGACGUGCCUUAUGACAGUAUCGCGAGAAUGCCGUACAGAUCACGUAAUCCCGUGUACAGUCCGACACCGCCUCUUCACGACACUCAUAACGAUUCUGGAUACAGCACACGCAUGUAUGGCUCGAGCAAAGGCGCAUCGCCCUCGUUAUCAGGCCAACUGGAAUGUGACGUGAUCUUGUCACCUUCGACAGGCUCAUUCACAAGUGGGGAACAACUCGCUGCCUUGUUGGAACAACCAAGGCGACACGAUCUAACAGUUUACGAGCGAAAUGCUGACAACGUCGUCAUUAACAUUGGCACUGCCAGUUUGGUUUAAAUGAGACUUCAAUCGAAAGGAAUAUGACUUUUGAAAUACAUAACUGUAUGUCACACUGUACAUAAUACAUAACAUCGUCCUAGAAAUGUUGAAGUAAUGAUUGUUUUGCUGUUAAUAUUGGCACUGUAAGUGUCAUAUCCGUUCGCGUUGCCAUGAUAUCUAUUAUACAAAAGUAAAAAUAAACGUUAAAUAAAAUGAGCAAUAAUAUUUAUUGUAUAUGCAAAUGUACAUGUAUAGGUAGAUAUAUGUAUAAUGA